AUGCGACAGUUAAAAACUCUUCGACAUGUUCUCAUAAUAUUAUCAGCCAUAUUAAAUAUUUGUGGAACAAUAUGGUUAUUUGAAAAACUUCAUAUUUCCAGAUUGUUAACUAUAGUAGAGAAAGAUGCUGCUAGUAAAUCUUCCUUCUACAAAAGAUUAAAUUGUAAUUGUACGAGAAAAUUAACACAGUCACAUUAUCGUCAAGAUCCAAAUAAAACAUCAUUAUGCAAUGAAUAUUCUACGCUACGUGGUCCAAAUCAGAAAAUUAUAUCAAUUAGUUUAUUUGGACCAAUAGAAAGUGCAAGAUUUGCCCUUGAUAAAACAAUUAAUUUAUUGAAUGAUCUCAUAUCUGAUAUGUAUACAAUUUAUCCCGAUUGGAUAUUACGCGUUUAUCAUGACUCUACAAUUGACUCAUCAAUCGCCUGUUCAACAGAAUGUAAACAUCAUAACGUCGACUUUUGUAAUGUUAGUUCACUGUUGAAAUAUAAUGACGUAACUAAAACUAUUCCACCAAAAAUAUGGCGAUUUUUACCAGUUGGUGAUGUAUUUGUGAAAAUAAUAAAUAGUCGAGAUUUAGAUUCAGCUCUCACAUACCGAGAACUCGCCGCUGUUCAACAAUGGUUAUUGACAAAUAAAUCAUUUCAUGCCAUGCGCGAUCAUCCAGAGCAUGAUGUUCCCAUGCUAGCAGGAAUGUGGGGAUUGCGAACUGAUAUCAAUUCAUCAUUUAAUCAAGAAUUUUUAAAUAAAAUACUUUAUGGAAACUUAACUCGUCGUUAUAGUGGUCGUUUUGUUGAUCAACGAUUUUUAAUAUCAGAGAUCUGGCCCAGAAUACAAAACGAUAUUAUUGUGCAUGAUAGUUUUAAAUGUCAAUUACCAUUUGGCAAAAACUCACUACCAUUUCCAACUCAACGACCAUCAUUUAAUGAAACAAAUUGUUUUGUUGGCUGUUAUCGACCAUGUUGUGGUAAAGAACGUCCACCGUUUAAUGAAUGUCCUGCAGCAUGUCGACCAAAAGCUCAUCCAGAAUGGAUCGCUUGUUAG